CAGUCGGCAUUUUUCUGACGUAGCAGUGGCGUAUGUUGUCAUAUGAGGGGGUAAAAAGAUGGCGUCUUUGUCAGAAAUGUACGACGUGGGGUGGGAAGAGAUGAGAGACAAGCUGCGUAAAUGGAGAGAAGACAACUGCAGAAAUAGUGAACAGAUAGUGGAUGUUGGUGAAGAGCUCAUCAGUGAACAUGCAUCAAAACUGGGGGAUGACGUCUGGAUUAUUUAUGAGCAAGUGAUGAUCGCCGCAUUGGACUGCAGUCGGGACGACUUGGCUCUGACCUGUCUACAGGAACUGAGGAAGCAGUUUCCAGAUAGCCACAGAGUGAAGCGAUUAACGGGCAUGAGGCUGGAAGCUUUGGAAAGGUACGACGAGGCCAACAAACAUUACGACGCCAUUCUGCAGGAGGACCCCACCAACACGGCAGCAAGGAAGCGCAAGAUUUCUAUACUGAGGGCCCAGGGGAAGAGCACUGAAGCCAUAAGGGAACUCAAUGAGUAUCUGGAGCAGUUUGUUGGAGACCAAGAAGCAUGGCAUGAGUUAUCAGAGCUCUACAUCAAUGAACAUGACUAUGGAAAAGCUGCGUUUUGUCUGGAAGAGCUGAUGAUGACCAAUCCUCACAAUCACUUGUACUGUGAACAGUAUGCGGAGGUGAAGUACACACAAGGGGGCAUGGAAAACCUGGAGCUGGCCAGAAAAUAUUUUGCCCAGGCACUGAGGUUAAACAACCGGAACAUGAGGGCCUUGUUUGGCCUGUACAUGUCUGCAAGUCACAUCGCUGCCAGUCCCAAAGUCAGUGCCAAGGUGAAGAAGGACAAUAUCAAAUAUGCAGCUUGGGCUGCUGCUCAGAUAAAUCGAGCCUACAAGCUGGCUGGUCGAGGCAAUAAGGAGAACAAAUGCUCCAUAAAGGCAGUGGAGGAGAUGCUGGAGUCCAUGCAGAUCACCAUGUCAUAGGUCUCCUGAUUUCACGUUUCCUUUUUCUUCUGUUAAGUCGGAGCAACAUGGCAGCUCAAACAUCCCUGCAAUUUGACCAUUCAUUCAUCUACAAGUGGUUUUUUUUUCGACCACCUUUAGAUUUAUUUUUUCUGUGAUUACUUGAUUUUUAACA